GGGAGAGAGAGGAGAGCAGGAAGGCAGUUCACAAGCUGAGAGCUUAGCCUGCAGCGAGGCAGAGAGAGGCUUAGGCUGUGCUUGGCAGUAUUCGAGUGGCUGGAGAUUCAAGCUGUUACCUACUUUGCUGUCUUGGAUCUCUUUGAACUGGGACAACAUAAAAGAAAUCACAGUUCUGCCCUCAGGACUUAGCUAAAAAUUCUGUUCUAAUGUGAGAGGCAAAAUAGAUUAUCCACUUUGGCUCCUCAAACUGAAUGUGACUCUGACUCAGGAUUUUAAAUCAUCAGUUGACUUGAGCAGAAGUAACUCUAAAGCCUCAAGAAAGAAAAACCUGAAAUAAGAAGAUCAAUAUGGCCAUGCCAGAGAAAUCAAGUUGUGCUAAACCAAGUGAGAAUUUCCGUCAUUUUCCUGAGAUUAUUGAACUCAAUGUAGGUGGUCAGGUGUACAUCACUCGCUAUCCUACUUUGGUCAGUGUUCCCGGCUCCCUUCUCUCGGAAAUGUUCAGUAAAAACAACCCUUGCUCCUUAAUUCAGGACAACAAAGGGAGAUUCUUUGUAGACCGAGAUGGUUUCCUCUUUCGCUAUGUACUAGACUACAUGAGAGACCGAAAACUAGUGCUUCCUGACCAUUUCCCAGAGCGUGGUCGGCUCCAGAGAGAAGCAGAAUUCUUCAAGUUACCAGAACUAGUGAAGAUGUUGGCUCCUAAAAUCAACAAGCUCAACUCAGUUGGCAAUGAUCUAUGCCAAAGUGAUCUAGAAGAGCUGUCCACCAACACUGACACCAUAUGUAAUUUCUCUUCAAGUAAUAACAUCCAAGUUAGUGGCCCUGAUAAUCCCCCAACUCUAACAGCAGGUAGUGGUUCUGACCUCAAGAAGGCAGGUUUCAUCACUAUUGGCUAUCGAGGCUCCUAUACUCUGAGUAGGGAUAGCCACACAGAUGCCAAAUUCCGCCGUGUGGCCCGAAUCAUGGUGUGUGGUAAGAUCUCAUUGGCCAAAGAAGUAUUUGGAGAUACUCUAAAUGAGAGCAGAGACCCUGACCGUCCUCCUGAGCGGUACACUUCUCGAUAUUAUCUCAAAUUCACUUUUCUGGAACAAGCCUUUGACAAACUAGCUGAUGCUGGCUUUUACAUGGUAGCAUGCAACUCCACUGGCACCUGCACGGUCACCCAUGACCAGACAGAUGACAAGAUCUGGACCUCUUACACUGAAUAUGUUUUCUGCCGCGAGUGAUACUUUUAAAAAUAUCACCCAAAAAAUACAAACCAAAAAGCCAACUCUUCCUCCCUUCUCUGGUCCUGUGCCAACUAUCUCUUUUAGAAAUAAACAUUAAUUUUGGAUCUAUCUAAUCCUGGACAACGCCACUCCCUUCACCAUAAC